GGCCCCGCCCCCCGCGCCUUCGGCUUGGGUAGUGCUGCUACUGGCCUCGCCGCCUCGCUGGCCUUCUUGCUCGUUGGUUGAGGUCCGGCAGCCACGCCAACUCUGGAGGUCGCCAGUUCGAGUCUCUGCGUCCGCGUCGCGCCGCUGCUGCGGUGCCCAUCCCGGCCCUUUAGGUGUGACCUGUGGUGAGCGGGGAGGCUCAAGCAUUCGUGGCGAAUCUGCCACGGCGAAUCUGUGAGCGCGGCGCCGACGGCCUCGCGAGAGUGCGUACGGACGGACCAACGGGCGGACGCAGCGGGGCGAGCCUAAGGCCGGGAGCGAUAGCCGGACAUCAGGGGACCGGGCCGGCGGCUGCCUCGCCAUGACGGGUCGCGUGUGCCGCGCUUGCGGCAGCACCGACAUCGAGCUGGACGCAGCGCGCGGCGACGCGGUGUGCACGGCCUGUGGCUCGGUGCUGGAGGACAACAUCAUCGUGUCCGAGGUGCAGUUCGUGGAGAACAGCGGCGGCGGCUCGUCCGCCGUGGGCCAGUUCGUGUCGCUGGACGGUCCUGGCAAGACUCCAACCCUGGGUGGUGGCUUCCAUGUGAACCUAGGAAAAGAGUCAAGAGCGCAGACCCUGCAGAAUGGGAGGCGCCACAUCCAUCACCUGGGGAGCCAGCUGCAGCUGAACCAGCAUUGCCUGGACACUGCCUUCAUCUUCUUCAAGAUGGCGGUCAACAAGAGCCUGACCCGGGGGCGCAAGAUGACCCACGUGAUCGCCGCCUGUCUUUACCUAGUGUGCCGCACAGAAGGCACACCACACAUGCUCCUUGACCUCAGCGACCUGCUUCAGGUGAACGUGUAUGUGUUGGGGAAGACAUUUCUGCUCUUAGCAAGGGAGCUCUGCAUCAAUGCUCCAGCUAUAGAUCCGUGCCUCUACAUCCCACGCUUUGCCCAUCUACUGGAGUUUGGCGAGAAGAACCACGAGGUGUCUAUGACAGCCCUGAGGCUGCUGCAGUGUAUGAAGAGAGACUGGAUGCACACAGGCCGUCGGCCCUCAGGCCUCUGUGGAGCAGCCCUUCUGGUUGCCGCCAGGAUGCAUGAUUUCCGGAGAACUGUCAAAGAAGUCAUCAGCGUGGUCAAAGUGUGUGAGUCCACACUGCGGAAGAGACUCACAGAAUUUGAAGACACCCCCACCAGCCAGCUAACCAUUGACGAGUUCAUGAAGAUCGACCUGGAGGGGGAGUGCGACCCCCCAUCAUACACAGCUGGACAGAGGAAACUUCGGAUGAAGCAGCUUGAACAGGUCCUGUCAAAACAGCUGGAGGAAGUUGAAGGUGAAAUAUCCAGUUACCAAGAUGCUAUUGAGAUUGAACUGGAGAAUAGCCGACCAAAGGCCAGGGGUGCCCUUGCCAACUUGUCAAAAGAUGGCUCGGUUGAGGACACUACAUCCAGCAUCUUUGGCGAGGAGGAUGCCGAGGACGAGGAACUGGAGGCAGCUGCCAGCCACAUGAACAAGGACUUUUACCGGGAGCUUCUGGGUGGAGGCAGUGGCAGCUCGGAUGCAGUAGAGAUCCCUGAGGAGGGUGGCCAUCCCUUGGCCCUGGAGUCCCUGCUUGGCCCCCUGCCCACAGCAGCCAGCUUGGGCAUCUCAGACUCCAUCCGUGAAUGUAUCUCAUCCCCAAACAGAGACCCUAAAGACGCCUCGGGGGAUGGUGAGCUGGAUCUCAGUGGCAUUGAUGACCUAGAAAUCGACAGAUACAUCCUGAACGAGGCAGAAGCCCGGGUGAAGGCAGAGCUGUGGAUGCGGGAGAACGCCGAGUACCUGCGAGAACAGAGAGAGAAGGAAGCGAGAAUAGCCAAGGAGAAGGAGUUGGGCAUCUACAAGGAGCACAAGCCCAAAAAGUCUUGCAAGCGUCGUGAGCCCAUCCAGGCCAGCACUGCCAGGGAGGCCAUCGAGAAGAUGCUGGAGCAGAAGAAAAUCUCCAGCAAGAUCAACUACAGCGUGCUUCGCGACCUCAACAGCAAGGGCUUGGAUAGCCCCCAGAGGGACGACAUACGGCCCACCGAGAAGGGCAGUGCCAAGAAGCUGUCAUGGAGGAGAGUGGUGGCCUGCAGGAGCGGGGCCGACCCUGGGACCAGUGUGGGGAAGAGGUUGAGGCCUCUGGUGUCUACACUGCCAGCUAAAAAAGCAGCCUUGGGAGAGGCUGCAUUUCUGAACUCCCCUGCCCUGGGACCUGAACUGGCCAGGCCAGCAGCAGUGCUGGUAGAGAGCGGCCCAGUGUCCUACCAGUCUGAGGAGGUAGCUGAUGAAGACGACGCAGAUGAGGAUGAUGGAGAACCCUGCAUUAGUGCCUUGAAGAUGUUGGGCAACAAUGCUUACGGCUGUGACGGCGAUGAUGAUGACGGCUUCUGAGUGUGACCUCAAGACCAGCAGCGUCCUGACUGGACCCUGAGCACAUCUCAUUGGGGUUGGCCAGGCCCCCAGGUGUGGAUACCAAGACUCGGGGCCACCUAGCACUUCCUGAUUGCUUGGAAGCCCUCGUCCCACAGCCUCAUAUGGCCUCCGUGGCACUUAACCAUGGGACCAUGUUUGAGCAACAUAAGAAGCAUUUCUGGCUGGCAGGAGAAGCUGGACCAGCCUUGUGUCUGAUAGGACAUGGCCAGGGAGUGCCUAAGGCCUGGUUUCUACCAUGUGGCCCAGCUGGAGAACUCUUAAGAGGUGGACACUGUCAUGUCCCCAUUGUGAGCAAACAGACGGGAGCACCUGGCCCAGCUUGCCAGCCCUGUGCUCCAGGACUCCGCUCUUGUCCCAAAACCUGAGUGGCCUGGCCGUGUGCAGAGUACACAGGGGUAGCCAGCUGCUCCUACACUCGAUCUCCACAUGAGUCCAGAGCUGAUCAGCCUUGAGCCUUCCUCCAAGUGGCAUGAGCUCCCCAUACCUCUGAAGCCCCAUUGUUGCUAGGCACCAUGGGAGCAGCACAGAAUAUGGGGUCUGCACCUGGUACUGGCCCUGCCCUAUGACCUGGAGCCACCUCUGUGCAGCAGGGGCAGGACCAGGUCGCAGGCCAUCCUGGUACUUGGGCCUCUUCACCUGCAGGGCUCUGAGCCCUGCCUCCCUGACUGUGGCCCAGGGUGGGGAGAGCAGGGCUUCUUCCUGGGCAAGACACUAGCCUCCUGGUGGGCCGACUGGUGUCCUGUGCUGCUCUGCCUUUGGGGUCAGACCCCAACGCAUGCAGAGACAGCAUGUUGGGGCCUGAAAUCCCCAGACUGCUUUCUGCCUCCUGCCUAUACCUGCAGCCAGCCUAGGCCAGAGCUGCUGCUGCACACCAAGUGAACUAAUGCAGAAAGACCUGUACCUGAGCAGAAA